UAUAAAUCGAGCCGUUUCGGGGGUUUCCUCUGAAAGUAAUGGAGGUUAAUGUAGGAAAGACGUUAUUAUUUUAGGUUAAGAUUAGGACAUACAGGUCUCAAUGUUACUUUAUAUACCAUGAAAAAGACAGUGUCAGAUAAAUAGAUAAAUGUGAGACUUGUAACUGUUGAACAUGUGCUGAUAGGUUGUAGGAAGUUCAGUGUAGAUAGAGAAGUAGACUGGGGGGCAGCUGGUAGAAAAGGAAAACGGCUUUUUUGGCCCGUUUUGUUUGUUUUUUGUGAUGUCACACUCUCAGAUACAGUAAAAGGCGGCAAGCACCUUUAACGUUGGUUUAUAGUCCGCCAGUAAAACAAAAGAAGAAUAGGAAGAGGAUUUCCUGCGAGAUGAUGCAGACAUGACCGCAGAUACAUCCAAGUGCAGCUUUAGCACGAGCUUAUACACACCCCCUUAAAUUCAGGCGCGAGGGGGGAUGAUGUGCUAGACUCUCCACAACCCGCGGGCUUCGAUAAACUACACAUCCUUGUCGUGUUUGAAUAACGGAUUUUUGACCAUGGUUAAGAUUAAGUUAUAUUUGCGCCGCUAUGUUGGACGCGACUUCUUUGAGUUUUUGAAGGAAACUGAUCGAUUAUCCAUCACUGACAGAGAAGAUCUCAAAGACAUUUACGACAACGAGUUCAGGGCCAGGAAUGAAUGCACCAGAGAUCCAGACUUUAGUUCAGUCCUUUAUGCCCUGAGAGACAAUAAGAAAGUAACAAGAAGUGGAGUCAAAUUUUACUUCAACUCUUCGAUCACAUCUCUGUAUCUGGACCAGUGGGACCAUCAGCCAGAGCAGAACUGUAAUGGAGUGGCUAUUCUCCAGCCAGAAGAAGCAGUGUCGGGGGUUCGAGCCAGGAGGGAACUGGCCAGUCAAUUGAUGAACAGGCUCAGGACAGACAGCACUCACAGGGAUCAACUCAUCUCUGACAAACGUGGUAUCAGGAUCACGUCUGACCAUGUGUUUAAAGAUGGGACACUUUACCUGCGAGUGGAAAGUGCAUCUGAGUACGUGGUAAAUCUGACUGUGGAAAACAUGGGAAGAAAACCUGUGUAUUUCACCUACUACACCCCGCUGCGCUGGCUCAGAUUCUUCACUCUAAAUGAUGAGCGCAAGGUGACCAAGACAAACCCUCUCACUCUAAACCCAGGUGAUGGCUAUGAAAUCCAGGUUCGAUUCCACUGCAGUUUGGUUGGUUUCUAUCCAGCCAUACUGGCCUUUGAGUUUCAACCAGACCUGCACUCCACUCCAUUCCACAUCGUGCGCUUUAUUGAGGCUCAAUGUAUGACCACCACCUUUUUUUUAAGAUCCCCACCACAUGCUCACCACGAUGGCAUCAACAUUUGCCUGAGGUGUAUGUUGUUUUACGACACUUUUGUGGACAUUGCUCCCAACAAACGUGAAACAUUGGACCACAGAACCGUUGAGCAGAGAGCCUCUCACCUGUGGUAUGAUGCUCGUAAGUUAAGGCUCACUGCGAGCACAGCAAAGAGGGUCCCCACCAGAGGCAACCCUCAAAACUACAUCAGACAGCAUCUCUACCCCAGUUUCCAUGGGAAUGCGGCAACUCACCAUGGUAUAGAAAGCGAGGCAUUGGCCUUUCAGUGGCUACAGAAUUGCGGGUAUGUUGUUACCCGCAGAGGCACAGUCGUGUGUGCAGGGGAGCCCUGGCUGUCAGCAAGCCCUGAUGGAGUUUUGAACUCAGAGGAACUGCUGGAGAUCAAAUGUCCUUUCCUUACUGGUAAUGAGUCUCUGGAGGACCUGAUCAGAAGCCAGAGGUACGAUGUGAAGAUGGUGGAGGGGAAGUAUCAGUUGCAGAAAAAUGGUAAGCGGGGCUUCUACAUGCAAGUGCAGCUUGGCAUGUUCUGCACAGGCCUGAGGUCCUGUCAGCUGCUCAUCUGGACUCCAUCACAGCAAGUUUUGCUACCAGUACCAUACGAUAAGCAAUUCUGUGCCGACACUGUAGCUAGACUUAGAAUCUUUUAUUUUGAGCAUAUGCUCCCUUAUGUGUCAGAUGAGUUUGAGGAAGGCAGCCUGCUGCUUUCCGCCAGAUAUUUGCAGCUUUGUAGAGAGUGAAUAUUUGUUGUCACCUACUGAACUGUCUGUUCUCUCUCAGGAGUCAACAUUCACAAGAACAGGCAUCUCAUUUCAAAACAUUUUUGUGCCCUGUUUUCCCUGCACUUGACCUUGUCAUGCAGAAACUGUUGUACAUGCUUUUGUCUCCUUGUGCCUUGAUUAUUGCAACAGCCUUUUCGCUUGUCUUAAUAAAAAAACUUUGAAACGA